AUGAUCGCAAAAUCCACAAAUGCGGCAGCGGUGUUGAUUACGGAUAUCGUAGACUGCAGGUUGGCCAUUGCUAAGGAAGUUGGAGCAGACGAGGUGCUAAACGUGCGAGGCAAAUCUACCAAUGAUGCGGCCGAACUCGUGAAGCAGAAAUUGGGUGCUGAACCUGAUGUUGUCAUUGAAUGUUGUGGUGUACAGCCCAGUAUCGAGCUUGCUAUUAAGUCUGUGAAAGACGGAGGUAAUGUGAUACUUUUGGGCCUAGGCUCGGAAUUUGUACAAAUUCCAAUACUGGAAGUGAUUACCAAAGAGAUCAAUCUUCGUGGAGCCUUUAAAUAUUCUAAUACAUGGCCACCAGCAAUGGAAUUGGUACGGUCAGGGAAGGUCAAACUUGACAAACUCACCAGUGCUCAUUUCAAGCUACAAGAUGCACCUGAAGCGUUCAAGUGUUCUCAGAAGGGUGAAGUGAUCAAAGUUUUCGUCGACUGCAACUGA